GAAAGAGUGAAAGAGUAAAAACAGACACAAAAUCAGCCGGUUAGCCCUCGCACGCUGCACCUCCUUCUCGCACGCUGCACGCCUCCCUUCUCUCUCCAAUCUCCAUCGACAUUCAUCUCCACGCUGAAGGAGGAAGUUCAGGUGACGCUAGCUUCAGCCCACCACGAUCCCGCACACCACGACAACGACGCUACUCCAAGCGACACUGAUAUCCUUCGCCACACCACCACCUCACUUCGGUGCCGCUCAUUCUAAGAAUGCAUAUAGGUAGCUGGAAGUUGGAACUGAAUUCGAGCGGGAACAAAUUUCGAGUUUGAUCUUUAACUAAAUUCGAGUUCGAGCUUGAAACGAGUUCGAGUUCGAGUUUAGGUUCCGAGUUCGAGUUCGAGCUUGAAUAUUUGAAAUUCGCGAGUUUUUGAGUCGAGUUGAGUUUGGGUAUGAGUUUUCGAGUUCGAGUCGACUUUAGUCAAACUUGAGCUCCACUCGCAUCUUUGCCCCCCACUUUCAAGCCCAUGCCCAUUCUUAUGUGUUAUCAACUUAUCAUCAUUAGGACAAAAACCUCUUGAAAACCUUCUCCGGUUCUCCUUAAAAGUUUAAACCCGACGCCAAAACUGCGCAGUUCGAAAAAUGGAGAAUAGCGAAGAAUCAAAUAGUUGUAGUAAGAAAUGGAGAGCAGAAGAAGCCAUUGCUGGAAAUUCCGAAGCACUUGAAGCUCUCAGAGAACUCAUCGCUUUUCCUCUUCUCUACUCUUCUCAUGCUCAACAUCUCGGUCUCAAAUGGCGCCGUGGUUUGUUGCUCUACGGUCCUCCUGGAACUGGGAAGACAAGCUUGGUACGUGCAGUGGUCAGAGAAUGUGAUGCCAAGCUAACUGUUAUUAGUCCUCAUACUGUUCAUAGAGCACAUGUUGGAGAGAGUGAGAAAGUCCUCCGCGAGGCUUUCGCUGAGGCAUCAUCUCAUGGAAUGUCAGGCAAGCCUUCUGUCAUAUUUAUUGAUGAGAUCGAUGCUCUCUGUCCUCGUCGUGCUUCUAGAAGAGAACAAGAUGCUCGAUUGGCCUCCCAACUUUUUACUCUUAUGGACGCAAAUCGGCCCACAUCAACUGCACCCCAAUUUGUGGUAGUAGCAUCAACUAACAGGAUUGAUGCUAUUGAUCCAGCACUAAGAAGGUCAGGACGUUUUGAUGCUGAAUUUGAGGUGACAACCCCUAAUGAGCAUGAGCGCCUUCAAAUACUGAAGUUGUAUACUAGGAAGCUUCCACUUGAUCCUGGUAUUGACUUACAAGCAGUAGCUGCAUCAUGUAAUGGAUAUGUGGGGGCUGAUUUGGAAGCUUUAUGUCGUGAGGCAGCCAUGUCUGCUUUGGAGAGAUCAAAAGUUAUUGUAGAAAAUGAUGGUUUGUGGUGCAUCACAAUGGAUGAUUGGAAGCUUGCAAGAUCUAUAGUUGGUCCAAGCAUAACAAGAGGUGUCACAGUUGAAAUCCCUAAGGUGUCUUGGGAUGAUAUCGGGGGAUUAAAUGAUUUGAAGAAGAAGCUUCGGCAGGCAGUUGAGUGGCCUAUUAAACAUGCUGGUGCUUUUUCAAGGAUGGGUGUAUCUCCUCUUCGAGGAAUUCUUCUGCAUGGACCUCCUGGAUGCUCGAAAACUACCCUUGCUAAAGCUGCAGCUCAUGCAGCACAAGCUUCUUUUUUUUCAUUGAGUGGUGCAGAAUUAUAUUCAAUGUAUGUUGGAGAGGGUGAGGCGUUGUUGCGGAACACUUUUCGGAGAGCACGGCUAGCAGCACCAAGCAUUUUGUUCUUCGAUGAAGCAGAUGUCAUUGCUGCUAGGAGAGGUGGGAGUUCAAGUGGCAAUACUUCAGUCGGAGAGAGACUUCUAUCAACGUUGCUGACUGAAAUGGAUGGGUUGGAGCUGGCAAAAGGAAUACUUGUAUUGGCUGCCACAAAUCGACCUCAAGCAAUUGAUCCUGCACUUAUGCGCCCAGGUCGCUUUGAUUUGGUACUCUAUGUACCACCUCCAGAUUUGGAGGCUCGAUAUGAGAUAUUGCAUGUACAUACAAGGACUAUGAAAGUGGGACCCGACGUCAAUCUUCAACGAAUAGCAGAGGACACUGAUCUUUUCACAGGGGCUGAGCUCGAAGGCCUUUGUAGAGAAGCUGGAAUAGUAGCUUUAAGAGAGGACAUAUCGGCAACUAUUGUUAGUGAUCGACAUUUCGAGAUUGUGAAGAAGUCCUUAAAACCUGCAUUGACAAUGGAAGUCAUUGAUAUGUACUCAAGAUUCAUGAAAAAUUCAGCCUUGCAAUUUGACCAAGAUCAGUCCAGUGCUGAAAAACCCAGUAGAACCACAGAAAAACUCUCUGUUCCUGUGAGUAGAUUGACAAUUGGUAUUGUAAGCUUGUUGGUAGUUGCUGCUGCUAAGUUUUUGCCCUGGUGUAUAGACCGAGGCGUGCCUAAAGCAGCAGUUACCUGAAGACUACGCGUCAUAUGGCAUCGUCCUUUUAGCUUUGUUCGAAUGAAAGCAUGAAGGCACCAGGAGAGACUAAUCCUGUCGUGCUUGAAUAGAUCCUGGGUUAGCGCCAUUUAGUCUUCAAUUUACCCAAGUUUCAUGCUUGUCAAGGCACAAUUUUGACCAUUAGAUUUUUUAAUAUGAACUUUUAUUAUUUUUA